GGUCAGCAGCAUCCGGGACCUUCGUCUGCCUCGACAUUUCUAUUUUUGCGUCAGUUGGAAAUUGUGUGUGCUUUACUUUGUUGUCUCUUUUAGUGAUGGUUCGUGUGUAGUCCUUGUAAACCUGCACCAGGUUUCUGUACAGUGUAUAUAGCCGACUCAAGAGCCCCCCCUGUAAAUACGAAAACAGCAUUCUCGCGUCAGACAUUUAAUUUCAACACGGACCGUUGCCUGCGGACAGAGCCACUGCGACUGCGAGCUUCUCUUACGGCGGUGCGAGGACAUGGCCAUGGUUCAGCGCGACGGCAGCGGCGAAGAAGCUUUGAACAACGGUGACUGCAAGGAAGAAGUGACAGAGGAGGAGGAAACUUGUGUGGAAACUGAGGAGUCAUGUGCUGUGACAACCGAGGCUCCAACUGUGGCGGCGGAGGAAGGCGACAGCAGCGGCAGCAGCAACAGCAGUAGCAGUAGCAGCUCCGGGGACAGCAAGACUGUAUCGGGAGAGGAAGCCUCGGCAGAACCCGACGAAAAUGGGGCUGCCAAGAAGCCGUGCCCACCGCGGUACCGGUAUUCCAGGGCGGAGCUGCUCAAGCUGCGAAAUCGUGACCUCAAGCGGCCAGACUGCUUGGAUCCAGCAUAUGACAACCUGUCUGGCAUGUGGGACCCCGAGCGGUGGUUUUCGGGCAAGCGACGAGGCGGGUCUGCGUCCCCCACUGAAGAGACGGCCGCGCCCUCGACGGGCGGCACUGCUCCCCCCCCUUCGUCCUCGGCGGGAGGAGGGCAGCAGCGCAGCAAGCGGGAGCGGCUGGACUCUGACGGAGGGGGAGAGCCCAGCGGUGGCCUGGGGGCCCCCAAGCGCCGCAGCAGCACAGACCCCAAGGAGCGGCUGGCACGGGAGGAGCGCGAUGACCUGGUGCUGAGCCCCCAGCGGCGCAGCUUCGGCACGGGCUGCCACGUCAGCCAGCCGCCCCGGCCGUCCUCGGAGGCCGCAUCCAAGGACGACUCGCAAGGACUGCUUCAUAGGGAGCCCACCAGCCGGCGCAUAGGUAGCGGUCGAAUCCUACGAGACCAGCGGGACUGGGAUCGUGAGAACAGAGACCGCGAAUAUGGAUACGGAGGGCGGCGGUUUGACGACUCUGGCCACUCAAGUGGUGGCGGGGGUGGCCAUUCCAACCGCUACGGUGACCGGCGAAGAGGUCGUGAUGAACGCAUCGAGGAGGAGGAAGAGCCCGAAUGGUUUGUGGGUGGCCCGACCAGCCAGCACGACACCAUCGAGCUGGUGGGCUUCGAGGAGGACCCCGACGCCGGCAACCGACCCACGCGUGGGACUUCGUCUUCAUCCGCCCGGCGUAUGCGCCGUAACCGCGAACUCGCCAACCGCAAGCAGCAAAACGGCCCAGAGCGCCGUUCGCCCGAUCAGGACAACAGCAAACAGGACCAACAGCAGCAGCAGCAGCAGACAGUCACAACAACGUCUAAGAGUUCUGCUGGAACUACCAACACCAACUCCGUGCCUGCUGUUUCAGUAUCUGCAGCAUCUUCUCUCAAGAAAAAUGACGGCCGAGAGUCACCGAGCACAGGCACAAAUUGCAUGACCGACACGAGCAAGUCUUCGAGCGAUGGGCCUGGAGAGACGUCGACACCGCUGAUGUCGAGUCCCACUCUGCCUGACAGUGUCAGCGCUGCACCGCCUGCCCUACCCACUCAGGAUGGCUUCGAUUUCAACGACAUCUUCAAGCCUGACUGGUGUCCUCGCUUUCUUUCGGAGGAUGGUAUGGUUGAUGGAGACCUUGGCCUCAGCGGGGGCAGCCGCUUCUCGCAAUGGUUCAGACGCGAGAGCCCGCCCCUAGACCAGCCACUGGUGCCUCCUCUGGACAGCGGCCUGCUGGCUGCCCUCAGUGGGAAGGCCGACGACGAUGGUAUGGAGCACCACCACCGCCGCCACCAUCAGCAGUCCAUGCAGCGUCAGGAGAACGACCUAGCCUCGCGCAUCCUCGCUUCAGCUGGUGUAACCAGCAGUGAUGGCAUGCUGCGGGUGCCCACACCGGACUCCUACUUCACGCCCAUCAGCCCUGCCUUGCCACCGGACCGCAUGUCUCCGUCGCCUCCCAUCCGAGAGGGCUCUUCCAAGAACAUCCUGGAUAUCCUCAUGGAUGCCAACAUCAAUGUGGAGGCACACAUGCUCAACGGUGAUGCUGCAAAGACUGCCCAGCUACGGGAGCAUGCCUUGUCUGGCAAGGCCAAGAACGUGGAAGAACUGGAAGCCGACCUGAAGCAGGUGGUUCUGGGUGGCCACAACAGGGGUGUUCAGCAGCAACACCACCACCACCAUCACCACCACCAUGAACAGCAGCAGCGGCAGCAGUCUCAGCAGGUUCACCAUCCACUGGGGAUAGUGCCAACACUCAACCUGCCCCAGCAGCAGGAUCAGCAGCACCUUCAAGGCCUGCUCAGCAAGCUGGGGGCACACCAGGGCGCCCACGGAGGCCCACUGAUGGUGCCUCCAUCUUUGCCCGAGAGGGCCCUUCUGGAGGAAGAUCUCCUGAGGGCCGCCGGCCAGGCACCCCUACCACAACCUAUGCAGCAUCACGGCAUGGUUCGUGGCAGUGGUGGAGACGGCAUGCAACAGCCGCCCCCGGGCCUGCUGUCGCAGCUGCUGCGUCCACCGGCUCCUGCUGGCAAGGGCCUUGCCAUGGCCCCCCAGCAGCAGCAAAGCAACCAGGACAUGCUCGUGAAGAUCCUGGCCGGAAUGGGGCCAGUGUCACCUGGGCUACAGCCGCCCCCUAUGGCAUCCCACCAGCCCUUGAGUCCCCACUGCCCAGUUGCUCGCUGCUCGGCACGAUCCCAUGGCUGGUGGGUCUCUCUGCAGCUGCAGCAGGCCAUGAUUCGGCAGCAACAGCAGCAGGAGAUGCUGAACAGCCUGCUGAAGCCACCUGCAUCACCUGUGGUGACCACCCAGCGGCCAUCGCCCACUCAGCAGCUGGGGCUGCUGGCCCCAUGCCCAUCCCCCUUGCCAGGUGUCCCACAGGACCCUCGUCGAGUGCCCUCCCCUCUUGUGUUUGGCCAGCACCCGUCGCCCAUUCCUCCUGUGGCAGGGCCCACUCCUGGUGCUCCACUGCAGUCUUCAAACACUCUGCAAGUUCAUAGCGCGGGUCUGCGUCCUCGUGUGCCGUCCCCGCAAGAGCUGGCAGUGCACACUCAGUCCAUCCUGCAGACAGCCCUGCUCAAGAAGAUUCUCGAGGACCAAAAGCAGAAAGAGAACCUGCGCAAGCAACAGGAGGCCCAGAGGACUCGUUCGCCGACCGCAACACAAGGCUCUGCCAUGAACAGGGGAUCAUCGCCAUCCAAGGGCCUGAGUCCCACUAUGGCGGCGUUCACACCAACAUCAGUGAUGCGCAAAAUGCACAUGGAGCGUCAAGACCCGAAAGCCUCUGACAAAGGCGGCUCCAAAGCUAAUGGGGAAGCCACACCAAGCGAUGGCACUACCAGACAGCAGCAACAGCACCAUCGAAUUAACAAUGGCACGGUGCCUCGUGCUCCCACCCUUGGCAGGGCCAUCAUAAAAGGCAACCAGGCUGCCCAGCCACCAACUUCGUCAGACUCGAAGAACCCCAAGCUCAUUCAGCAGCAUCCACCUCAGCAGCAGGCUGCGGGCAGCCUUAUGCGAGGCGCUGGAGAGGUGGACAUGAUGGCCAAGCUGUUUGAGCAGCAGCGCCUCAUCCAGCAGCAGCAGCGGGCGCCACCCGGUGUGCUGGGCAUGGUCAGGCAGCAGCAGCAGGGACACCCGACCAUCAAGCUGCCAGGCAUGAUGAGGGCCGCGGGAGGCAUGACAGCUGCUCCACCAGCAGCUCCGCCACCUGCCGCCAUGGCUGCGUCCCGUGCCCACCACGCCUCUGACAAAGGCGGCUCCAAAGCUAACGGGGAAGCCACACCAAGCGAUGGCACUACCAGACAGCAGCAACAGCACCAUCGAAUUAACAAUGGCACGGUGCCUCGUGCUCCCACCCUUGGCAGGGCCAUCAUAAAAGGCAACCAGGCUGCCCAGCCACCAACUUCGUCAGACUCGAAGAACCCCAAGCUCAUUCAGCAGCAUCCACCUCAGCAGCAGGCUGCGGGCAGCCUUAUGCGAGGCACUGGAGAGGUGGACAUGAUGGCCAAGCUGUUUGAGCAGCAGCGCCUCAUCCAGCAGCAGCAGAGGGCGCCACCUGGUGUGCUGGGCAUGGUCAGGCAGCAGCAGCAGGGACACCCGACCAUCAAGCUGCCAGGCAUGAUGAGGACUGCGGGAGGCAUGACAGCUGCUCCACCAGCAGCUCCCACACCUGCCGCCAUGGCUGUGUCCCGUGCCCACCACGCUGGCGGAAUGAAAGGCAUGCCUGGCGGCAGUGGGCGUGGCACCUCGGUUGAGAUGCUGCAGCAGGCCCUGGCCCAGGGUCUCCACCCACUGGCAUUCCAGCAGUUCCUGCUCUCGGGUGCCGCUGCCCCUCCAGCCGUGGGACCCUUUGCACCCGCCUUGCACCCUUCCCCAGCGCACACCUUUGUGCCCAAUGCCACAGCACAGCGUGAUAUCAAGGGUGCUGGCAUGGUGCCCGGCGGACUCCCCGUCCGUGGGCCCGCUGUGCCAGCAGCGGCUGCAGCAACAGGAGUGCCUGCCGCCAAUCUGGCUAAGUGGUUCCACAGUGACGUGCUCUACCAGCCCACCUUGCCCCCUGUGCCUCACCAGAAGGCCUUGCUCGUCGAGGAGGUCGAGCGACAGCAGCAGCAGGCCACGGCCGUCAAGAAUUGAGCACCUGUCCACCACCCGCCGCACUUUCUCUCUCCCGGAACAUUUUUUUUGUGCCGGCUAUAGUCUUCUCUACGCAAUAGCCCGUGCACUCGUCGUGGCAGACGACACACUAUUCUGCCCUUCCGGAGGGCGUCUGAGGAUGUAGGGUGCCUCUCUGGUGAACCUGUUGCCCCAACCCACUCCCCUGCUUCCUUUGCCAAAGCACCCUCCUCUCCCUUCUGCAUCAUGUGAUCCAGUGCCACUUAGGAGACAAAUGCUGUGGAACGUAUUAGGAGGGCAGUGCUUCCUUUGAUUUAAUUUUAUUCUAUGUUCUUGCGGCGGCUCGUGUACGUGUUCAAAAUGGUCGGGGUGAAAGGUGGUUUGAGUGAAGCAGCACUGCUAAAGUGUACCACCACUUGCGCACUUCCCUUCAGGUGCUGUUGAUGACGAUGGCGGGACGUGGAGGUACGACUAAUGUGUGUCGUGCGAGGAGCUUACAGUAGAUGUUGUGUGUAGUUUUUCCCCGCUAUUAUUGCCGUUUGUGUCAACUUACUUUCGUCGUUCAGAUUGUUUGCAUGCUGCAUACAAAAGAAAGGAGUGGCGUUCCAAGAACACAUACGAACUGCAUGCUGUGUGAGUUACCUUGGAACUUCUUGCUGUUCUAUAUAUUCCUCUAUAAGGCUGCAUUGCAGGAGUCUAGUGUAUCCUGCCUUACUUGGGAGGGCACCUUAAUUUAAUGGGUUUCUUCUUGGCUGAUUGUCUUCUUUCUAUAAAGUUCUGUUAUAAAAUUUCCUAUUUUUCACAGCUGAAGUACAAAGUGAGAAAAAAAAUGGCUGCGCUUUUUUUUAUUUGUAUACCGUUCUUCUGUAUGCUGUCCCUUGUUGCCAUCCAGUGGUUUUUCUCCUCCCAAAGUGUUGUCGAGUCUUGUUACUUUGGGAUCAGCAGCCCCGCAUUUGCAGUCUUGUUUGUUGAAGGGAGAGGAAAACUUCACUCGGGCUGUGCAGGUCAACGCAGCCUGUAUUUGUGUCUGUGUGUGCGCAUUUGUCUUGUAUAGGCUCGUAGCGGCGUCCAGUGCAGUUUUGUUGGUGUGUGUUAGUUUCGUGCAUUAGUAGUGAUACUAUAGGGAACAUUGCACCUUGCCGUUCUUGUUUGUCAUUUGCAUUGUACGCAUUCAAAGUGCAGCGUCUCGUUCGAAGUGCUUUUUCUUAUUUGCUUCGUGCCAGCAUAUUUGCUUGUUCAACCUACUUCUUUUACGAUGUGCAAAGUUUUUCAGCAUAUUCUGCGUCGUUCGUAUGUUUGUGUGCGUGUAAAGGUAUGUCCUGUGUGCGGUUCUAUGGUUUUGUUUAUUGUACGUAGCAUUUGGCUUACGGUGUCCACUUCUCACACAUUGUACUGUGUAGCUCUUGCGGGGUGCAGCUAAUUAAAUAGAUGCGAGAGGCGUCCCAAUGUUUUAUUGUUCCCGUUCGUUUGUGUAUUCUUAAGCCAUAUAUUUUUUUUUUGACUGUCCAGGCCGCCACUUUGUUGAAUGGUUAAUAGAAAGCCUCAAGGGACGCAGGCACUUGUUUACGCUGAGUGGCUGGAACAGUAGCGUGAAGUGAGGGUGCCCCGGCCAUUUCGGUUGCGGCAUUUCUCAACAUUGAUUGGUGACAAUUUGCCUGCUUUCCUUUUGAUGCGUGUCAGUAGCUCACUUUUCUCCUUGUAGUAUUUUUCUCGGUGUUUUGAAGGUGCUUGAGUGGUCAAUCCUCUUAAUUUUACUAGAGUUUUUUUAGGUACCUCUCAUAAUGGUCUUUAUACUGGGCUCGCGAUGCCAGCAGUUACCCUCGCCUGUUGUUGCAUCGGCUUGUGCCGUAUCCGAUGUUCUGCCGCAUUGUACUGAUGGCCGCUGCUGUCUAAGCCAGUGCAUGAUUUCCCCCGAUUUUUCUUUUUACAAAAAAAAAAGGACACCACCACACAGCCAUGCAUUUGCAGUCUUGUAGCAUUGGGCACCGAGAGUCACUUGUCACUGUCACGCAUGGGCUAGGGGCACUGCGACUAACUGCUACGCCCCAGUUUUUUCUCCUCUCCAAGGUUUCUUCGUUCCACUGACGUCGAAAAUGCAGCUGGUUCUGCUUCUUCUUUUCUUCAACCUGUUUUGACCAUAAAUGUGUUCUGUGCAUUUUCCUUUGUAUUUCUGUUCAGGCCCCUCGUGUGAUAUCGUAAUGUCCUUGUUUUGUCCAGAUGGGGAUUCAAAAAGAGCUUUGAAAAGUAAACAAAAAAAACUGAAAAACUUUUCUCAAAAGAAGUGACAAAACUUGUCUGAGAAAAAAAGUAAAACGAAAGUCUGUGAUAGUCAUUUCAGCUCUUUAGGCCCUAUAUUUUUUUCUUUUUGGUUUGUGCACGUGUUUUUUGUUCCGGUAUUUUAUGUUUUCCGGUCUUGUGUGCCCUGCAAGCCUCUUGUGCCCGGAUGUUGUUCUGGUCAUCAUUCUGUAUUCUGUGUUGUCCUUAUCUACUAGUGUGCUGUUUGUGUGUGUAAAAAAACAAAUGCGGGUCUCCAGUAGUACACACUUGUAAGUUUUUUUUCUUUGCUUCAAUCCAGUGUUACAAUUCCUGGUGUCCUUUGUUCCCCCAACUUUAAAUUUGGUGCUCAGCAGUUGUCAGUAGCAUACACAUAUAUAUAUAUAUAGGCCUGUCCAAUGUGUAUGUGUUAUAAGUGUGCUGUAAAUAGCAGCGUUUCUCCAGGCAUAAUUUUUUACAUUUUUUGUUUCUUGGGGUCUCCCAGUCAAAACAGUCCUGUCGUGCAUUUGGGCAUCUCUGUACAUAACCUAGGCAAGUGAAACGUGUUGUAUAUGUACCCCCCACGCCCUCUCCCUCGCAGUAUCGCAAAGUGUCCGAGCUUCGUGUAGCACAUUUUCGCUACCUGAAUGCACAAUGGGGGUAAAAAAAAAAAUGGCCUGCUCUUUUGGUGGCCCGUAGUUGUAAUUAGUGAUGCUUUGUUUCAGUGUCUCCGACGGGAGGAGUAUUUGUGGUGUAUUGCGCAUUGGUCGGUCAGAUUAAUGUUGGUAACCGACUUGCGUCGACGGUGUGCGUCCCUUUCUGUAAAUAGAUACUGUUUCAUGUGAGCGUGUGUGUUUGUGAGAGUGAGCAACAGUGGUAAAAAAAAAGUGGUGCGUUGUAACUCAAGCAGAGUUUUAAGAAUUAUAUAAAGUGAAAUGGUUCUUCAAUCCUGCUCUAUUUUUUUUCUUCCUCCUUCCCUCGUUUACUGUAGUCCCAGCAUCCCUUUUCCAGUUUCUGUGGGUAAAAGGAAUUGUUAAAUGUACUGGCAGUUUAAGGAUGCUGGCAGGUUUGAAAUGUGAACUUAAGUCUUGCAGCAGCGUCAUCCACGGCUGCAUUUGAAUGUACCUAGUUUCAAGCAUUUAGAUUCGAAGCAAUUCAGACCCUGCUGCUUUUUUUCCCUUUCCUCUCUGAAAUAAAUCGUGCCUUUUUAUUGAA